CACAAGCAAACCCUUUAUAUGUUUUAUCUCUCGCAUUUACUCCGCACAUCAGGCUCCCAGAAAAAUGACGGCCUAUGCCGGGACACCCGGGCCACCUGCACAAAUGGAAUGCCCCGAGGUGGAGCUCGAGCGGCAAUUCUUGGCUGGGAAUCCAACCGGGGGAAGGCAAACUAGAUUGUGAAUUAAUUACGGGCUCCAUGACAAACCCCUUCACAGGUGAUAAUUGUCGACAUCUCAGAACCCAUUUCUUCUCUCGGACGUUCUCGAACCAAUUAGUUGAUCAAACAUGGCGACCUUCGACGAUUUGAUCCAGAAACUCGUGCAAGAUGGCGACGCUCCAGGCUUUGCCAUGCUAGCCAAGGAUAAGACCGGAGCAUUCCAGUACUCCAGAACUGUUGGUAACAGAUCUCUGGAACCGGGCAACGAGGAGCCCGUGCGACUGGACACCGUGUUCGCGCUCGCCUCUGCGUCAAAACUAAUCACAACCGUCGCCGCGCUCCAGGCCGUGGAUCUGGGACUGCUGAAAUUAGACGACGAUGUGUCGGCCCACGUCCCCGUCUUGGCAAGCCAGGAUAUUCUCUGCGGGUUUACCUGGUACGGCAGGCCGAAAAUGAAGCCGCGUCGUAAGGCUAUUACCUUGCGCGGGCUAUUGACCCAGACCGUGGGAGCCGGAUACGAUUUCCUCGACAUCCAUCCGCUCUGGAGAUGGCGGUGGUGGAACAGACAGUCUAUCGCCCAGGGAGAUUGUGUCGAGGAACGGUUCAACUACCCUCUCCUGCACGAGCCAGGCGAGGGAUGGACUUACGGAUCUGGCAUAACGUGGGCCGGGAAGGUCCUCGAAGCGGUCAGCGGAAUGACUUUGGAAGAAUGGGUCAAGGAGCACAUAUGUCGACCCCUUGGGCUCACCAGCCUCACCUUCUUCCCCGACAGGGAUCCAGAGAUAUCGUCUCGGACAGCUACCACCUCGCACAGAAAUGCGUGGACGGGCAAGCUGGAGUUUAUCCCCGGGCAGAGUCAGCCCCUGCCAAUCGGAAAGGACUGCCUAGGUGGGGAGGGUGUCUAUGCUACCAUAGAGGAUCUUGUCGCCAUCGUAUACUCCCUGCUGACAGACGACGAGAAACUGCUCAAGACUCACACGGCGGCCAUGAUGUUUACACGCCAACUGUCAUACACUGAGAGGAUUCCCAUGCGGCAGUGUCUGAGUUUACAGCGGUGGAUCUGCCAGGGUCUUCUCGUCAAGGACGAAUACGAGUGGACCAUUGGAGGUGUCAUGGUAACUGGAGAGGGUCACCAGUGUUUGAGACCGGGCACACUGCUGUGGACUGGCUUGCUGCAUACUGUUUGGUGGAUCGACCGCAAGUCAGGCAUCUGCGGUGCUUUUUCAACCCAAAUACUCCCUGCAAAGGACAAGGUUGUGGUUCCCCUAAUGAAAGCCUUUCAAGAGGAGGUUUACGUCAAGUUCAACCAAGCUAUGAACCGAGAAAAGGGAGUUUAGGAAGCCUGAAGUCUCGUCGAAGACAAAAUGGGAGGCAAGGGACGACUAUUUUCAACGGCAGUUGGUCUUGUUCGAACUGAUAUCGAGGAGGAGAAGAAAAGGGGUCUUCGUUUGGAUGAGAUGGCUGCAGUCCCAAUGUUGGGAGACAGUAAUUCCGCAGAUCUAAAGCACGAGCGGGAGGCGAGGGAGGAUCGGCAGUCUGGAAUCAGCUUAAACUACGAUAGUUUGAAGUUGAUACAAAGUACCAGUCCAGGCUGUUGAUCUUUAAUUAAUC